AUGGAUGAAAGUUCUGUCCAUAACCCCCUUAUUUGGGGCCAAGGUUCUGGACAUGCUAAUGUCAGGAGGAAGACUCCUCUUUCUGUAACCUUAGCAAAAUGGAUUCUCAAGAUUGCAAUGUUGGCGCUUUUCAUUUCAUGGAUUGCUCUAAUGUUUCUGUUCCCAGCAGAUUUUGUGCAGAAACUAUUUGAGAAAUGGAUCCAAGCCACCAAUGGAACUAUUUUUGGGAUUACAGGAAGCCUGUUCCUGCUAUUCAGUGGUCCCAUUCUCCUUAUUGCAGUGCUGUCCAUAGCAUAUCUUGUUAUCUCUGGGGAAGAGGAGCUCCACGAGAAGAAGCCUUCAAAGUAUCCGAGUUUCCGGUUGUGGACGUUCCCAGUUCUUGUGGAUGGGCCAUUUGGGGUUGUUUCUGCUGCUGAGUUGAUUGGGAUAUUACUUUUUGUUGUGUUUGUUAUCUGGGCUGUCUACGCUUAUACCAUGAGUAUUCUCAGCUUGAUGUCUGAUCAGUUAACUUUUAAAGAGAAAAGUUGUUUGUUCCUGGAAAUUUUGGGACUUCGUUUUGGUUUAAUUGGGAUGUUUUGCUUGGCAUUUUUGUUCCUGCCAGUUGCAAGGGGAUCAGUUCUUCUUCGAUUUAUUGAUAUCCCUUUUGAGCAUGCUACGAGAUAUCAUGUAUGGCUGGGACAUCUCACAAUGCUCCUCUUUACCAUCCAUGGACUGCUUUACGUAGUGGCAUGGACAAUUGAAGGCCGUCUCCUUCAUGAAAUAUUGGAGUGGAGGGAUAUUGGUGUUGCCAUUCUUCCAGGAGUGAUCAGCCUUUCUGCGGGUCUGUUGAUGUGGGUCACGUCACUUCCUCCAGUGAGAAAGCUGAACUUUGAGUUGUUCUUCUACACUCAUCAACUAUAUGUCAUCUUCAUUGUCUUUUUGGCUUUGCACGUGGGUGAUUUCAUUUUCACAAUGGCUGCUGGAGGAAUAUUUAUUUUUAUUCUUGAUCGUUUUCUGAGAUUCUGCCAAUCACGAAGGGUGGUUGAUAUAAUUUCAGCGAAGUGCCUUCCAUGUGGAACUGUAGAAUUGGUCCUCGCAAAACCAGAAAAUCUGCGGUACAACGCCCUCAGUUUUGUUUUUCUUCAAGUUCGUGAGCUAUCGUGGCUGCAAUGGCAUCCUUUCAGUGUUUCUUCCAGUCCUCUGGAUGGUAAAUAUCAUAUUUCUGUCCUCAUAAAGGUUCUUGGAAAAUGGACAGAAAAGCUGAGAGGAAAUAUCUUGGAAAAUUCAGAAAAGGAGAUACCUUUCAGUCCUCAUAGUAAGAUAACAGCUUCUGUUGAAGGGCCUUACGGGCAUGAGAUACCGUACCACUUGAUGUAUGAAAAUCUUAUCUUAGUAGCUGGUGGCAUUGGGAUUUCACCUUUCCUGGCCGUCUUGAGUGACAUUCUCCAUUGUGUUAGGGAAGGGAGACCUUGUCUACUAAGAAAUAUUUUGAUUGUCUGGGCUGUCAAAAGAUCAGAUGAGCUUUCUCUUCUUUCAAUCAUUGACAUGGACUCAAUCUGUCCAUCGUUCUCUAGUAAACUAAAUCUUGAGACUUGUAUAUAUGUCACUCGGGAAUCUGAACCUCCGUUGGAAGAGGGUAAAGUGCAAAACACUCAAGACUUUUCUCUUUGUCCUACAUCCAAAAGUUGUGGCAUGUCUGUUUUGGUUGGUACUGGACAUACCAUAUGGUCUGGACUAUAUGUUAUCUCAUCCAUGGUAGGCUUUGUUAUCUCAAUGGGCUUGUUGGAUAUCUUCUACAUAAACCCUUUUCAUAUAUCUUCAUGGUGGUACAAGGGGCUCCUUUUCGUUGUCUGUAUGAUUACAAGUGUCGUUAUCUUUGGGGGUCUUGUGGUUGGUUUAUGGCAUCUCUGGGAAAGAAGAAUUUUAGCAAAGGAACAAUUUGAGGAUGAUAAGUUAAAUAUAGAUAAGGCAGAGCAUAAAGAAACUGUAGCUCGCGAGGAUUCACACCUUGCAAAGUUAUCUGGCAUUCGUUAUGGUGCAAGACCAGACUUCAAAGAAAUAUUUGAAACUGUAUCCCAGAAUUGGGGCCAUGUUGAUGCCGGCGUCAUUGUGUGUGGUCCUCCAACUCUUCAAUCAAGUGUGGCUAAAGAAAUCAGGUCACACAACUUUAGGAGACAAAGCGACCAUCCUAUCUUUCAUUUCAACAGCCAUAGUUUUGAUCUGUAG